AAUGCUGAGGAGAGGAAGCCAAUGCUGUCUGCUCCACCUACCAAAGGUCAUGGAGAAUCUAACAUCUUCUGACUCCUUCCUCCAUGCAAAAGGAGAAUAAAGAAGCGGAGAUUCCCCAAGAGUUAAUUGAAAGACUGGCUCACAGCGAGAUUCACAACAUUCGGGAUUUGCAGCGACUCCUGGAAAUUGAUUCCGUAGGCUAUGACGAUGCAGCAGAAACAAACUUGAUCUCCCACCCCAUUCAUUCGGCCAAGCUGUUGCAAGAAAACCACCCCAGGUCUAUUCGCAGAAAAAGAAGUGUUGAGGAAGCCAUUCCUGCUGUCUGCAAGACACGGACAGUCAUCUACGAGAUCCCUCGGAGCCAAAUCGAUCCGACAUCUGCAAACUUUCUGAUAUGGCCCCCCUGUGUGGAAGUGAAGCGAUGCACUGGAUGCUGCAACACCAGCAGCGUGAAGUGCCAACCCUCGCGGAUACACCACAGAAACGUCAAGGUGGCAAAAGUGGAAUAUGUUAGAAAAAAGCCAAAAUUAAAGGAAGUUCUGGUGAAGUUAGAAGAGCAUAUGGAAUGCACUUGUACAUCGUUAAAUUCGAAUCCAGAUUUUCGAGAAGAAGAAACGGGCAGGCGUAGUCAAAAAGGUAAAAAACAGCGACGGAAAAUGUUAAAAACCUCCUUAAAAUGCAGCCGAUGACCAGAUGUAAGGUGAAAAUAAGCUAGAAAAUAUUUCUCUCUGGGACACGAAUGUACAGUGUUUGUUACAUUCCUGAACCUACUGUGUAUGGUGCUUUCUGGAUAAUUCUUCACUCGUCCUCCUAUAUGGGGGGGAAAAACUGGUUUAAAGAGAGAGAGAGAGAGAGGGGGAGAGAGAAACACACACCCACACCCACACCCACACCCUUCCCCAGAACACAAGGGACAAAUGUAUAUUUGUUUAAAUACGACAUCACAGCAAGUAUUGUAGCAGUCUGCAGAAUAAUACGACGUUUCCCUAUCCGUGAACUCAAGAGAUGAUGACGUGAACGGAGGAUGCUUAACAGAGUCCUCCAGUAAUACGAGAAGAAGACGAGGACGAAAAACAAACGGGAUCCUAAGCGGACAGCAGACUUCUUAAAAACCGUCAAUGGUGCUUCCCCCCUCCCCCUUUUCGGUUGAUUUUUCUCGAGAAAUGUGCCUGAGACUGGGUGCUGAUGGACUGAUUCAGAUGGAGUUGAGGCACCCACACAAAUAACAGAACAAGAGCAGGAAUGUAUCAAACGCCAUGGCAGAAACUAGAGUGGUUUUUUUUUAUUUUUCAUUUUUUUUGGGCUUGGUGAUUUCAAAGUCUCUUAAAAUAAAUCCAUCUGGGGCGCCUUCCAUGGAAGUUUUGUUUUAUUUUGGUUUUUUUUUUACACCAUAAAGUUACCGAGCUUUCUUUUUAUUCUUUGCCUAGCAUUUUAUUAUCUCUUUUGGUCAACAUUUACCCAUAACCCAAUAGACUGCUGUAGUGACAAUGAAAUGGGGAUCAUGCAAGACGAUGGCAUUUUUUUUUCUCCUAGCGGGGUGCAGACUAAUGAAAUGUAUUAAAAUAAAAAAGGUAUACCUAUGCAUAAUUUUCUAAAUGUUUCUUUGUGUACCCUUUUCCUUUCUCCCCUGCCCUCUUCCAUUUUCACAUAUAUUAUUUAAAGCAGGUGGUUUUUUUUUU